AUGCUGGUGUGGUUCCAAAACCGACGGGCAAAAUGGCGCAAGCGGGAAAAGGCUUUAGGCAGGGACCACGCUCCCUUCAUGCACCAUGACCAUGUGGUCGGCGAGUGGGGAGGCGGUGGCCCCCCCGGGGGGGAGUGGUGGGCCCUGGGCCUGGGGGCAGGGCUGGGGGCUCUCGGGGUCCCCGCGCCCUUGUGGCAUGAGGCUGAGCCGGCUGCUGCUUUCAGAGCGUUACUGCAUAGGUACGUCCUAGCCCUCCCCCCUCCAGCGCUGCGCCCCCCAGAACCAGAACCAGCGGCCUCCCCCCCUUCCCCUCCGUCACCAUCGUCGUCACUAGCGCGUCUCGCCAGCGCCGAGGCGCUACGGCUGCGCGCUCACGACGCGCUACUCCAAGACCGGGUCACGCUACACAGUAACAGCAAGGUGCACACGUAAUAUGGACUUUAGUCGGAUAAAUAUAGAUCAUAGAAUCGUGCUACUCUAAGAUCGAGUCGCGCUAGUCUAAGACC